AUGCCUGUGAUGAAGGGCCUCCUCGCUCCACAAAACACCUUCCUGGAGAGCAUUGCGAACCACUUUGAUGGCACGCACAGUAACUUUCUACUGGGAAAUGCUCAGGGUCGCCAUGGUUACCCCAUCGUGUACUGCUCCGAUGGGUUCUGCGAGCUGACCGGCUUUGUGCGGAUUGAGGUGAUGCAGAAAACCUGUACCUGCCUUUUCCUUCACGGUGUCGAGACCAAUGAGAGUGCAAUCCAGCAGCUGGACAAAGCUCUGGAGGGACAGCGGGAGUACCAGGGAGAAGUCUGCUUGUACCGGAAAAAUGGAAACCCAUUUUGGUGCCUCCUGGAUAUUGUUCCAAUUAAAAAUGAGAAAAGUGAGGUGGUGCUGUUCCUGUUAUCCUUCAAAGAUGUCAGUGAAUCGCAUGACAAAAGCUGUCACUACGCCCAAGGAGAAGGUGAGACCACAGGUAUAUCGGAGGCUGCUUACCAAAGCAGGAAAAGCAACCAAUCACACUUCUCCCAAGCUCGGGAGAGGGGAAGGACAAUUCUGCACCACCUGACCAACCUGUUCACCAAGAGGGGCAAGAGGAAGCUGACUGAUAGUGUGUUCCAGAGGCCGUCUCUACCGGAGUACAAGGUUGCGGCCGUGAAGAAGUCCCGCUUCAUCCUGCUGCACUACAGCAUCUCCAAGGCCCUGUGGGAUUGGCUCAUUCUACUGGCGACCUUCUACGUCGCUGUCACCGUGCCUUACGACGUCUGCUUUGCCAGCCACGACCAGGGCAGCGAGCACCACUCGCUCGUCAAUCAGAGCACUAAAGGCAGUGACAUAGCCGUGGAGGUGCUCUUCAUACUUGAUAUAAUCCUGAAUUUCCGUACCACCUACGUGAGUCAGUCGGGACAGGUGGUGUACGACGCCCGCUCCAUCUACCUCCAUUACUGCACCACCUGGUUCUUCGUGGACCUGAUCGCAGCCUUGCCCUUCGACCUCCUCUACGCUUUCAACAUCACUGUGACCUCUCUUGUGCAUUUGUUGAAGACGGUCCGUCUGCUGCGUCUGCUGCGCCUCUUGCAGAAGUUGGAUCGUUACUCGCAGUACAGCGCCGUGGUCCUGACCCUGCUCAUGUCUGUGUUUGCUCUGCUGGCUCACUGGAUGGCUUGUGUCUGGUACGUCAUCGGACGCAAGGAGAUAGAGAGUAGUGACCCCGUUACCUGGGACAUAGGCUGGCUUCAGGAGUUGGGAAAGCGUCUGGAGACCCCGUUCAUCAACAGCACCAUGGGUGGUCCCUCCAUGCCGAGUGCAUAUAUCGCCUCUCUCUACUUCACCCUCAGCAGCCUCACCAGCGUCGGUUUUGGCAACGUCUGUGCCAAUACGGAUGCCGAGAAAAUCUUCUCCAUCUGCAUCAUGCUCAUGGGUGCCCUGAUGCAUGCAGUGGUCUUCGGCAACGUGACAGCCAUCAUCCAGCGCAUGUACUCGCGGCGCUCGCUCUAUCACACCCGAAUGAAGGAUCUGAAGGACUUCAUCCGGGUGCAUCGGCUACCUCAGCAGCUGAAGCAGAGGAUGCUGGAGUACUUUCAGGCCACCUGGUCGGUCAACAAUGGCAUCAACGCCAAUGAGUUGCUGCAUGACUUCCCGGACGAGCUGCGAGCCGACAUCGCCAUGCAUCUGAACAAAGACAUCCUGCAGCUGCCUGUGUUUGAGCGAGCAAGCAGAGGGUGUCUGCGCUCUCUCUCCCUGCACAUCAAGACCUCCUUCUGCGCACCAGGAGAAUAUCUCAUCCGCCACGGAGAUGCCCUACAAGCCAACUAUUUCGUCUGCUCGGGUUCCCUGGAGGUUCUGAAAGACAGCAUGGUCAUAGCCAUUCUGGGCAAAGGUGACCUCAUCGGGGCUGAUCUCCCGGAACGUGACCAGGUGAUCAAGACAAACGCAGAUGUGAAGGCACUGACCUACUGCGACUUGCAGUACAUCAGCGUCAAGGCUUUGAUGGAGGUCCUCAGGCUGUACCCAGAGUACGGCAGCCGCUUCAGCUCUGACAUCCACAACAACCUUACCUACAACUUGAGAGAGGGCAGCCCAACUGAUGGAGUAGCAAGGUUUCCAUGGACACCCAGAUUGUCUCAGAGUCAUGUUUCUGUGGACCACAAGCUACCGUAUAUCAUUGAGGCAGACUAUGCAGAACACGAGGACGACAUGAGACACUCUCAGCAGAGAAGGGUGCCUCUGCUGCAGGGGAUGGGCAGCCCCGUCCAUCAGCGCUGUCUCAGCACCAUGUUGGGGGAGGAGCUCCGCCACGUCAACGCACUCCACCUCUGUCGGUCACCUACCCAAGGCAGCAGAGGCUGCAGCCCCUCUCCUCAGGCAUUCAGAGAGAGAGAGGAGCUGCCCAGUCUUACCACUGACACAGACUCAAACCAUCGGCCUGCCCAGCUGCGCAUGCCAUUCUUACCUUGUGUUAGUCCACUGGACCUUAGCCCCAGAGUGGUGGAUGGAAUAGAGGACAAUAGUCUCGCAUUUCAGUUUAAUGUCGAGCAGAGCGAAGCCAAGACUAAUUUAACAGAACGGUUACAAGUGAGUGCUAACCUGCUUUUGGAAACAGAGGAAGUGAGACAAAACAUAAGCAAGCUGAACAAAGAGGUGAAUAACUUGAACCAAGAUGUCUCCAACCUCGCCAAGGAGCUCCACGACAUAAUGCAUCAGCUACAGUCUCAUAUGGCCAUGCUCCAUUACAACUCUCCAGGUACUUCAUAUUCCUGUGGAAUACAGAGGGCUCCCAGUCCUAAUGUUACUGCUUCCAGUGAUUGGCCGCCCCACGUCCCUUUAAACAUGGCCCCUGGACUGCACCUCCAUCAUGAAGCCAUGAGCAACCCCGCAAGAAACGUGUGUGGCUGCACUGGGAUGGCGUCCCAGGGCAGAAGUCCCACCUUGCUGCACUCGUCGAGCCCCAUGUCGUCCUGUCUACACGUGUGCUGCUCUGACAGAGAAGCGGCCUCAGCUAACAGGCUGCCCAGCCAGUGUGGCCCCUUCCCAACCUCCAGAACAACUCCAAACUCUCCUUACAUGACCCACUCACAUGGUCAAAGGUGUCCAUCCCUGCUGGGCCUCAGCUCUGCCUUCAGUAGCUUCCCGGUGGUUUGUCAGGCCCCACCGGUGGCCUACAAUGCCUCUGUUCCCACAAUGAGCAACACGUUUCCCAGUUCCACAGUAAAUACCGGCUACACCCAUCCUUCUCUUGGUGUUCAAACCAACUCUGACCCUACACAUAAUCAGACCAGGUCCCAGACACCCAUCCAUUCCUCUGUCACCCCCUCCAGUCAGCCACAGUAUCACACUGCCUUCAGCUCUCUCAAUCCCUCAGGAGUCCACACGUCAAUAUGCACAGGCCACAUCCUGGGCCGACAGAGCUCUGUCGAUAGUUCCAGACCAAAUGAGCCAGUAGGGUCCGUCCACCACACACAGGACUUUGCAUGUUCUCUGCUGAACCAGGCAGCCGACAGGACUGACGAUGUACAAUCACAUCACAUGAGUUCUCCAGCUCUAGAAGUCCAACCACUUCUCUUAGAAAUGGAGGGAAUACAAAACCCACACUGA